AGUUUUAUAGAUGAAAGUGUUGAUCUUUGUAUCAGAAAAUGAAGUCGAAAAAGAAGGAUUUCGGUGGUGGUAGAGAUAUAAUCAGUGAAUUACCAGACGAACUGAUAUGUCACAUCUUAUCAUUCCUUCCAACUAAAGAAGCUGCUUCAACUAGUGUUCUCGCCAAAAGAUGGAAGCCUUUGCUUCGGUAUGUACCCAGUCUUGACUUUGGUAACUCUUUGUGUUUCCCUCCUGCAAAGACUUACGAAGAAAAGAGAACGAAUGCUAGAAGUUUUAUGCGGUUCGUGGAUGGGGUGUUGGCUUUGCAAGGGAAUGCUCGGAUUAACAGAUUCCACUUUAAGGGUGAAGAUAUUAUCGAUGAAAUGUGGGUGCUGGAUUGGAUACAAAAUGUGGUGAAACGUCAUGUAUCAGAUAUUCGUCUAUACGUCUCUUCCUUUUGGGAUGGUUUUGACUCGAGUUUUUAUCCUCUGCCUCGAGAGAUUUUUGUGAGCCAAACACUGGUUACGCUAAUAAUAAAUUUUGAAGGUGGCGUCAACAUUAGUGUGGAAGGAGCUGUUUCUCUUCCGAAGCUCAAGACUCUCCAUCUUCAUUAUUUCAAGAUAGAAAUGAGUACGUUUAACAAGCUUCUUUCUGGUUGUCACGCACUCGAAGAAUUAAUGCUGCUUAAUUUGGUGUGGGAUAAGUCUUCGGAACCUGAACCUUGCUUUGCGACGUCCCUGUCUAUCCCAACCCUCAAGAGACUAGAGUAUUGUCGUUAUGAAAGAGAUGAUGAGGCUAAAGAUAAGGUUUCAUUGUCAUUUGAUAGUCCAAAUGUGGUCUACCUAGAAUAUUUUGAUUGUGUUGCGGAUAGGUAUCAACAAGUGAGUUUUGAUUCGCUUGUUGAAGCUAGACUAGGACUUCGACUGACAUAUGAUCAGGUCCAUAACCAAUGGUUGGAACCAGAAUAUUAUUUCUCAUCCAAGGAAAAGAGUAAUGUAACAAAGCUUCUCACCGGAAUAUGCAAUGUCAAGAUCCUCUACUUGUCUGAUGAAACUCUUGAGGUACUUGGUUGCUGCCUUGAUACAAUACCGGUAUUCAACAACCUCAUUGAGUUAACUAUUGAGACUAGACCAGAUAUAGAAUGGAAAUCAUUGCCAGCUAUACUCUAUAGUUGUCCAAAUCUAGUAACCCUUGUUUUCGAGGUACUAUACUACACAAUCCUUUAAAUCAACCCUACCAUGUUUUUCAAAACACACUUAGAUUAUGAAACUGUUUCCUUUAUGUUUCAGGGAAUCCAUCACAUAUAUUCAUAUAGAUGUGAGGACGAAGACGGGUGCUUAUGCAGAUAUCCUACUGAUUUUGGGGGGGGGAGUAGCGCUCGUGCUUGCCUAUCAUCAAGUCCGGUCAAGGUUCUAAAGAUAUUGAACUUUGGUAAAAUUUGUUAUGUGGACAGUGAAGACGAUGAUGAAGAUGAGGAAUUUGUUUAUUGCUUAAGGGAUCAGAUAGAGCAUGUCGAACACUUCAUAGAGAAGAUGCCGAAUCUUGAGCAAGUGAUAUUGCACUACUAUACAUCAAAUGAUGAAGAUUUGAUGAUGAAAGUGUUCAAGAAACUUGAGAACCUUCCAAGAGUAGCUUCAGCCAACUGCAAAAUCCAACUAAUCUCGGAUAACCUCAGCUUAUCAUCUAAUGCGUCCGACUAAAUGGAGUCAUUGUCUUUAGAAGAUCCUUGUAAAGACAAUGACUCAAUCCUAUGAUCAUCUUUAAAGACUCUUUUCUUUUCUUGUUUUGGUUUUAGAUCUAAACUCUUGUUUUACUUCCCUUAAUGACUUGUGUUUAAUGUUUCUCCAUUUUCUUCUUAUGAUCUCAUCUUGUGUUUCUCUCUCUCUCUUCUGCUAUAUUAAUUAUGUUAAGAAAAUUAGCACUAGCUCACUGUUCUCUUCUUGA